CUCUCUCCACUUGGCUCUGUCAAUCAAAGGUCACAACAAGAUGGCAGGCUGCGGGAGCUGGAUCAUCUUUUUAACAGUUUGUGCUGCCAGCUUGUUUGGGGCCAAUGCAGAGAUCAAACUUACCAUUCCUGUGGGAAGGUUAUUUACAUAUGAGCUGCUGAGAGAGACUUUCCAGAAUGACUUUGAACCUUUGUCAAAACUUUAUGCUGGACGCUUGUAUGAUGACCCCAUGAUUUUUAAGUGCAACAUGCAGAAUUUCCCAGACCUUCCAGAGUGGCUGCGCUUCACCCAACGCCACCCCUUUGAUAACGGCUUUCUGUAUGGCACACCAAUGUCUCCCGGAAAAAGUAUAAUUGAGAUCUAUGCAAUCAACAAGCGCAACUAUGACACAGCCAGACACAUUCUUGUAAUCAAAGUGACUCCAGAGAAGAUGCUGCCCUAUCAAGCCGAGUUCUUCAUCAAGCUGAGGGAGAUUGAAAAGGUGCUGCCCUCUCCUGUUCAGGAUGAGAUAAAGCAGGAUUUGCAAAAGUUGUGGAACACGGAAGCCUUGGAAAUUGUCAACAUUACUAACGCCCUGGACCGUGGUGGCAGAGUUCCUCUCCCUAUUGCAGGGCACUUUGAAGGGGUGUAUGUGAAGGUGGGGUCUGAGAAGUAUUUCUCAGACUGUCUCCAGAGGGUGCUGACACCAGAUCACCAAAAGCAGUGCACAGCAGGGGCCAAAGUUAAGGGGCCCGGAGGAUGCAACUUCUGCAGAAUUCCCAGCAACUGCAUCACCUGGUGCAAGACAGAGCUGUUUGACCUGACCAAGCUGGAGCCCGAGCCACCUGCUCCCACAAUGGGCUCAGGGAUUUUAGAGUCUGGAGGUGACUUCAACCCUCCCGAGUCUCCUCCGAGCAGAGACUACUUCCCGGACUACAUCGUGACCGUGAUUGUGCCUUUAAUCAUUGCCAUCAUCCUGAGUCUGCUGCUAGCCUACAUCAUGUUUGGCAAGCGAGAGGGAGUUGAGACAAGGAAUGCAAGAACAAACCAAAUUCAGCUAUACCACCACCACACCAUUCAUGGGAACACUGAUGAGCUGAGGAGCAUGGCUGGAAACCGAGGGGUCCCUCCACCUUUGUCAACGUUCCCCAUGUUCAACAGCCGUACGGGAGAGAGCGCCUCACCGCUGCAGUCAGACAGCAUCCCUCUCAUCAUGGCUCAGCAUGAUCCCUACAGCGACACUUUACCCAGGAAAUGACAGCAACUAUCCAUUUUGCAACAGUCCAAGGCUAUAUUUGCAGUGUGAUGUUGUAUUUUCUGCUUCUUUUAGUUCCAUCGAAAUAAAAAUUAGAGUGCAGUUUAUCUGAUUAUCUUUAUGAUAUGUAUGAUUUUUCCUUGUACUGUGGAAUAACAUUUUUCUUCUAACUGGAAUCACAUUUUCUUUGCAACAUUAAGCAGAAUUAAAAAAGUAAAACAUUUUGUGGAAAGAAUUUUGAAUUAAUUGACUGAAGUGAAAAGAGAUUAUUUAACACCUUCAAUGUUGGAGUAUCCCUGUCUUUUAUCUCACUACAGGAGAUGGUAAAGUAGAGGCUGGACUUCUUUUGGAAUUAGAAUUUUUUUUUUAUAUCAACUAAAGUUUAUUGCAAAGAAAUGAAUGUAUUUUCCAGAGUGAGAGAACAUUAAGAUCAGCAGCUUUCACUGCAUAUUUGCAGAUUGUAGGAUUCAAUGAAUUUUUGUAAUCAUUCACAUUUUUAUUUAAAUAAAUUUGGGAUUGUUGUGCAUUCUAUGUGAAGAUAAUAAAAACAUAACAGUUUUCUGC